GGAGCUGUAAUAAAAUCUGGGAAAAUGUCAACCCCAUUGGAAGUUCCGAAAACUUAGCAGAGAACCAGAAAGAGCGAAUGGCGACAAUUUCGUUCUCAUUUGCUUCUCCUUCCAAGACCUUAAACCCUUCGAUCGCCCCCAAAACCCCUACCAUCUUCAAUCUACUAUCCACUCCAUCGAAUGCCCAGCUCACAAGAGCCCUCAUUCUCAAAUCUCCUUCUAUUUCUCAUUUCUUUAUCAAUAGGCCUCUAAAAACCCAACAAUGUCGAACCUCUUCCACUCCAAUCACUUCCCUUUUUACCGGCAUAGUUGAAGAAAUGGGUCAAAUUAAGCAACUGGGUUACGAUAAACCCGACAGUUUCACCAUGAAAAUCCAAGCAAAACUCAUUCUUGAAGACAUCAACCUCGGUGACAGUAUUUCCGUCAACGGAACUUGUCUAACGGUAGCUGAUUUCGAUACCCAGAAGUUGGAAUUCAGUGUUGGGUUGGCUCCGGAGACACUGAGGAAGACUUCUUUGAUUGAAUUGGAACAAGGGUCUUUGGUCAAUUUGGAGAGGGCUUUGAGGCCUAGUACUAGAAUGGGGGGUCACUUUGUGCAGGGGCAUGUUGAUGGGACUGGCGAGAUUGUUGAGCUCAAACCUGAAGGGGAUUCUUUGUGGGUGAAGGUGAAGACUGCUAAAGAACUUUUGAGGUACAUUGUGCCCAAAGGAUUCAUUGCUGUGGAUGGGACUAGUUUGACUGUAGUCGAUGUGUUUGAUGAAGAAGUCUGUUUUAACUUCAUGUUGGUGGCUUACACGCAGCAGAAUGCGGUGAUUCCAAUGAAGAAAGUGGGGCAGAAGGUUAACCUUGAGGUGGAUAUAUUGGGGAAGUAUGUGGAGAGGCUUCUUAGUAGUGGCUUUGUUGAUUCGAUCAAAUCUUCAUGAAAGGCAGUUUCUUUGUGCUUCAUUUCAUCUUUGUAACUUGCUUUAGCAAAAUUUUGUAUCUUGAAUUUUGGAGAUGUUUCUUUCCCAGUUCUCUCAAGUUGUAUUUGGAGAUAAUGUUUCAACGAAAUAGAAUAAACAAUAUCACCUUGGCUCGAGCUUGAGUCAAAGCAAAAGUA